GCAUGUCAGACCACCGCACGUUACUAUGUGUAUUCAUUAGUCUAUCUCUCUGUGUGCUGGUGCGAUAUCGCAACGGGAUCAGUGGAGCUCCCGCAGCCUUUACGAACUACUUGCCCUUAUUCGUCGCGUGUUGGAACGAUUGCAUACAACGCACAUGUCGUUUUCAGACCGCAGGGCUGAUAUUCACAACCUACCUAAUGUGGAGCGUGUUGCGGUCCCGACGCGUGGCGCAAAAAUGCGAUUGGAUAGUGCUCGGCAGGCAGCAGCGAAGGGCCUCAGCCCUGGAGCUGCGCCUCAGCAUCAUCGAGAUGUGGGUCUGCUAAGCUCCACAUAAGCUUCUGAACUCACGGCAUAUAUUCUAGUCCCACACCAUUGAAGGUCCGACAUUGAUAUCUCGUUGUUCAUUGUUUUGUAAAUCAUGGCAGACAAAUCCAAAUCUGAGCCUACGGCUGCCCCGCAGUCGACAACCUCGCCACCCAUCCCUCCAUACACACCGCGCUCAACCUCCAUACCCGACGACUCGGAGACGGAAUUCGAACCCACCCCUCUUCACAGCCCAGGCGGACCGCAGUAUGAGGAUCUCCCCCCCUCAUAUGACUUCGCUCUGAGCGAUGCGCGCAACGGCGUUGCGUCUCUAGACGCGGCCCAGAUUGAAGCUCACCGCGUCAGCGCAAACGAGGGGCCUGACGAGCCUGAGGUGUGGGAGUACCGCAUGAGAGGAGGAGCUGAAGACGAGGAGCUGCACGAACAGGAGGACGCGCCGGCUUAUGAGGGUCAUGUUCCUGUGCAGCAUGUUCCAAGUAGUGAGAGUAUUCCUGUCGGACGAGUAGGGAACCUUCAGCCUGCUUCAUCCGUUGGUAGUAGGAACGUUUCAAGCGCUCAGGAUCCGCCGCAUUCUAUCCCUGAUGCUGGGCCGCAGUCGUUCUCCCAAGGUCCCGGCGGUAGAGGAGGCCAGCAUAGCCAGCCCUGGACUCCAUUUGGCGCCUCAGGUUUUGGCCCGUUCGGUGCACAGGAUCAUGGCCCGUUUGGCGCACCUGGUCAUGGGCCUUUCGGACCCCCAGGUAUUGGUCCAUUUGGCCGUGGUGGUGGCUUCGGUCCAAGAGGGAGAUCAGGUCGUGGUCGCUCCGGGCGCGGUGCCAGAUCUGGCCCACCACAAGACUGGGCAGCCUUUGGUCAGAACAUGGGGAAAUGGGGAGAAGAUUUUGGACGACGCAUGGGCAAUUGGGGUGAGCAGUUCGGGCGCCAGGCAGGUGCGAUGGGAGAGCAGAUCGGUAGACAGGCAGGUGCGAUGGGACAGCAAAUCGCUAGAGAUGCUGGAGCGUGGCCUGCGGCGUCCAGUGAGAGGGCCACGACUACUCACACAACCGCCGCUGGGUCGAGUAAGGCCGGAACCAGCAAACUACCCCAGUACGACGAGCCUCCUCUGUAUCAAGGUCCAGUGGGAGUCGCAAGUCAGGAAACAGGUGUGCUACACAGCGACCGCAACACCUACCCACCAGAGAAAGCGCCUCAGGAGUUUCCAUCAGAGAAAACACUCGGCAAAAACGAAGUCCCCGAUUACGACGACGACUCCUCAUCAAGCUCAUCCGACUCCUCCGACUCCUCCGACUCCGACAGUGAGGACGACGACUACGACGACGCUUUUCUCGCCCGCAUCGCCGCCAUCAACCUCGCCGCCGAAACCGCCUUCUCCAAAGGCAAAAAGCCGCGCUCAGAAAUCGCCGCCGAGCGCGACCUCGCCAUUGCUCGCGCUACGCACGACAAAGAAACCCACGACCUAAACACCGCCCGAAAGCAGUCCCGCCGCUUGCAGCUAAAGUAUUUGCGCAACAGGAGGCGCGAGUUGACGCGCGAGUAUCGCCAGAAGAAGAGGGAGUUGAGGGAGGCGCAGGGGAAGGGCAAGGGGAAGGCGAAGAGGGGGAAGGAGUGGAAGGAGAUUAAGCGGGAGUACAAGGCAAAGCGGAGGGCGUUGAAGAGGGAGAGGGUCGAGGCAAGGAGGGAGUGGAAGAGGGAGAGGCGCGGAAGUGGGGCGCGUGAAGAGGGUGGUAGCGGUGGGAGGGCCGAGCAGAAGGUACUGAACGAGAAGGCUUGAACUGGAGAUCGAGCGUUGGACGUGUCCAGGUGCAUUAAAGGCACCGAACCCUGGGCUACGCAGCGAUGCUGAAGAUUGUGCAGGGCCAUUCAUAUGAAUACACGAGAGAUUAUAUUAAACUUAUAGCUUCGGUAGUAUAGUGUGUAAUCCAACAACCAUCGUUUUGAUCAGCA